UGUGUGUGUUAACUUGGACGAGUGCGUUUCCCGGUCAUGCUUCAAACGUGAGAGAGAGACACAGUGCAUACAUCGUGAUACUAACUCUACUGAAUACAUAGACUUUACAGUACCAACAUGGAGUUAAAGAUGGCAGUGGUGCAAUGUGCGAUUUCAACCAGCUGAGGGUUAGAAUAUCAGCACUGACAUAAUAUACAGGUGUUUAACUCCAGUCAGAGAAGACCUUUAACACUUCACAGGUUACAAGAUGUGGCGGGCUGGGGUGACCUGCAUAAAGUACGUCCUCCUGAUAUUGACUGUAUUGAUAUGUUUGCUGGGAGCGGCUCUUCUUGGUUCUGGGUUGUGGCUCCUCCUAGACAAGAAUGCAAAUCAUGGAGUUGAUCGUCUGCUUAGAUUGAACGCUGACAUCCAGGGGGAAACCAGCGCAUUCAACGUGGGGGGUCUGCUGAAAAGCGGUGCUUAUGUCGUAAUCGGGACGGGCGGUGUCAUAUUUGUUAUUGGUUUCUUUGGAUGUUGUGGAAUUAUCAAAUCUUCGAAGGUGUUAUUGAAAGUGUUUGCCGUGCUGAUGGCCAUCAUAUUACUGGCUGGUAUAGCAGGCGCCAUACUUGUAGUUAUAUUCCAGAACAAGGUGGAGGUAGCAAUUCGUAACUACUUAAAUACCACCAUAGUGGACCAGUACGAGGGACGGCUCAAUACGUCACAGCCGGCGUCUCUCGCUUGGGACGCAGUCAUGAUGGGGAUGCGGUGCUGCGGCAUUGAUGGCGGCGACGACUUCAGAUAUGCCACCAGAUGGGAUCACACUAUAGUGGACACUGGGAAAGUAGUCCCAGCGACAGUGCCGCGAUUUUGCUGUGAGAUGACGGCGGAAGGGAAGGAAAAGUUCCAACUGGGGAAGAUGACGUCAAUAGAUGACAACGACUACGUGGACCUAUACGGUUGUGCCACGUCACCAAAUGACGUCAACUCUAAUAUACAGACGGGGUGUUACAAUGCAGUGAAGCAAGUCAUAGAAAACCAUCUCGGGUUAGUGAUAGGGAUCGGGGUAGGAAUCGCCCUGUUGGAGCUGUUGAUCAUAAUAUUUUCCUGCUGGUUAUCUUGCUGUUACAACAAGGAGGACGAGGACGAUUACAGAUACGAGAAACCCAUGUCUACCAUGGAAGAGGAGACGGCGAAUAUUUAACAUAGAACAUGGAGGCAAGUCACGUGAUCACAAGACACGUGAUCAAUGUCAAUUCAAAGUGAUCCCAAAGGCUGGUGAUGAUACGAGAAUUGACCUCCUGGUUUUCCAGAAACGAGAAAGGUUUUUGAAUGAAUAUUCGAAACCUGUAUACUACCACGAGGCCACCUUGGAAUGGGGGAUUAUAAAUCCCUAAGGAGAGGCGGCUUUUAAAUCAGCUUUUCACAGUGAAAAGUUUAUACUGGUACUUCAGUGUCUUCAGAGGAGUCGUUAAGGGCUCAAUGAUUGAAAGGAGCUUUGCAUAAGGUAGUGUCGUCACGAUUAAAAUAGGAGUGUAAAAUCACUAUGUACAUAAAACCACAAAGGAAGACAUAUCACAAAUUGACGAAAGGAAAAGCUACAUAUCACGUCGUUUUAUUCUGAACAUAUAUCGCAACAGAAGACGUUCGUUAGCAAGACUGUUGAAUGCAAGAAGCGACCCACUGGUAUUUGUAUUAUAACUAUGAUAAAUAAGUGAACGAUGAUACGACAUAUUUUUUACAAGGAUGAAGCCUUUCGGUCAUUUCCUGGACGUCUUUUGACUGAGUUGUGAGAUCGUUACCCUUGCCAAUUCGAACAGAUAAAGUCACAUUCGGGGUCCCCUACCAGAGGGGU